CUUAAAACUCACACAUUUAGUGUUUCCAAUUUUCAUUGGUUAUACAUUUUAUUUUGUUAACACAAUAAUACUAGAAGAGAUCAUUCAAAUUCAAAAAACACAUUUAAUUAUCAAUCCCAAAAUGGAAGGAAAUGUUAACUUUCUGCUCGACUUUGCCGCCACCCAUGUGGAAGUUUUUGGCGUAAAGUUUGAGAACCCCUCGAAGCUAAUGGUGACCACAAAGUUGGCCGCGGGUUCUCAGAAGGUAACGUCCAGUCGGUUGAAUGUAUCUGAUUUCGUGGCCAACAGGGAGAUGGAGAUCUCCUCGGAUCCCUUGUCGCUGCGGAGAGGUCUGGAGGAGAAGGGAAUGUCGAUGUCGGUCAAUUACCAGGGAGCAACUUUGGGAGGUGCAACUAUGACUUUUCCAAUGGAGUUUCUCGACAAGAUCAGCUCAACCAUGAAUGAUCUGCUGCUCCAGGAGACGCUGGAUCUGAACCGAAGAGCUGAUGUCGUUGGCACCAUAAGCAUUAUUCUUCGCUUGACUUUGAAAUGUGAGGAGCAAGCGGCUUUGCAGCCCCUGGGAGAAAGUGUUUUUCCUGGCAGUAAAAUGUCAUUGAUUGUUCCCAAAAAGGAGAGGAGCAGCUGCGCCAGCCAAGCGCCCAACAUUAAUCCCCAGGAUGUGAUGUUCCUCUUUGGUGACCCCGAUCCCCUGCUGCAAAUUCCUUCGGAGCCCUGUUCUGAACUUCGUGUGGAGAUAGGAGAUGAACGACUGGAAUUGGACUUGCAGCGCUACAAAAGCAGGGAGAAUCGGAGAGCCAUAUUCCCCGAAGACGAUCGCUGCCCCCAGGAGAAGCCCUCCUUCGGCAAGUUAAAAAGACUCAUCCAUGAGUACUCGACCAUCAUCGAUUCGGUGGCCGAGAAGGUUAAGCGCUUGGACUGUCCUUCAAGUUCGAUGGAUCUCACAGGGACAAACACCACUGAUCCGACACCAAGGACUCCCAUGCACACUCCUAGGAUUCCAGGACAGGUGCCCAAAGAGCCCUGUAUAAAAGUUCCCUUAAGAGCCGACGAUGAUCAUGGUAUUAAGCCCAUUCGCUUUUGUCCCACUUGCUUGUGCUCGAUGUCCUGGAUGCCAAAAUACAUGCCCUGUCCCAAGUGCAAUAUAAAGGCAUUUCCCGUUUUGCCAGAUGAACUAAAUAAAAAGCAAACGGCUGAUGAAAUUAUGAACAAACUGCUGGUGAGACCGAAACCUUCGCCAGGAUUCGAGGACUUUUGUGAGCCUGUCUGCGAAAAGCUUCUUCGGCAGACCGACGAAUGCGCUCCGUGUCGUUGCACCUGUAAAAAAGGCAAAAUGUGCGCCCACUGCAGAAUCCGCAAGUUGUGCGAGGACAUUUAUGAUAAGAAAGCGCCACCGCCACCUGAGAAACCUAGGCCUGAACCAAGAUCCGAUGAGGAUUUCUGUGUGCUUUUUGAGAACGAGGAGGAUGAUAUGCCCUACCUUUCGAAGGUAUUUUACGAGCUAAAGAAUCUCUACCAUCUGCACGACACCAAGAAACUUACUGCCAUCAAGGAACGCUGCGAGGCCAAGUCGCUCUUCUCCAUUCAUAGCAGGCGAUCCACCAAGGAAAUAGUUGAAUCCCUGUACCAAUCAGACAGAAGCCUUGGCGGGGUAAACCAUCCACCGAAAAAGGGCCACAAGAAGUGUGUGCCUUCCUCCAGUUUCGUAUCCCGCCGUCAUGGUUGGAAUUGGAAAUCGAGCUGCGAGGCCAGGAUAAAUGGAUGGCGACCAGGAAGCAUCCUGCGAGCCUCCUGCCUUGUGAUGCGGCAUUUCCUAAUGAAUCAUGAACAUCGGAAGAUUUGUCCCGAGGCUUGUGCAGAAUUUGAGGAGAAACAGCGAUACGGUCCCCCGGUGCUCAAUGUCUGCAAGCGGAAUGGUGAAAUAUUCAUCACACUGCGUGCUCUUCCCACUUUGGAUAUGAAACAGGAUCCCAUUACCUUCCGGAUUGUGAAGAGCGACUUGGCAGUGGCCCUGCGCCAGAUGAAGCGAUCUCUGAAGAAGCAGGGCUUCGAGAAGUGCACCUGCCACAAGUCGCUGAUGUUGUGCACCUGUCGCGAUGCCCUGGAUAAGGUUCUCCUAAACAGGGCCCUCAAAAAAGAGUGCCAGAAGAGACUCAUGGAACCCUGUCCCGAGCACUUGGUUCUCACCGACACGAGUAUCAGUGAUGUGGAGUUCGAUCUGAAUGUGACACCACCCGCGGGAACUUGGAAGCCGAAGAGGAAAGCCCUGCGAAAUGUGGUGAACCAUGGCACCCAGACGGGGCUCGAAAAGAUUCCGAAGGUACCACGCCAAUAUCCAGUUCCCCAUGAUCCCUACUGGAGAGCCGUCGACUGUGCCGUUGGAGACCGCUAUAUGGGCACAGCCUUCGGCAGCAAUGUGGAAAACGUUUUCGAGGACGGAGUGUUUGGAUACAGAAGAGGUGGACAGCACGGCAAACCUGUCGUCUGGAAACACCCAACGGUUUGGGGAAAGAACGCAGGGGCACCACUGCGCAUUGGAACCGCUCGCGACCGCAUUGAUCCAUCUCGGUUCACCAAAAGUGUGUGGAAGGGACUUCCGCGGAAGAUAAUAUGCAAAAUGCAGGCCAAAUCAAAGUAUUAGUUAUAUUUUUUAUUAAAUGACUGAAACAAC